CCUCACCACCGCACUACCUACUCCCUCCCGUCUCCUACUGGCCAGUCUAGCAUGCCACUCCUCACGAAUGGAAACAGUCCUCCACCUGGGGCCGACGUCAAUGUCUACAAUGCCAGCUCCGUGCAUGAAAUCCGGUCCGCCCUGCAAGAACUAUCGCAAAGAGAGGCCGCGGUGACUUCUCGUCUGGACAGCCUGCUCGCUUCCCAAAAGGACCUGAACCGCCAGCUCACUCGGCUCGACCUGGCGCGUGCUCAUCUGGGAUCCCAAGUAGUCGCCACGCGGAACAUCAGUCAUGGCAUGCUCUCCAAUGCUGCCUCGACUGCCCACCGAAUAUCAGGUGCUGUCAAAAAGCUCGACCAGGAGCAGGCUGCCGUGAAGUCCACCCUUGAAGUCGUGGAGCAGGUGGCCGAGCUCAAAGCAUGUGUGCUGGGCGUACAUGGCUCCAUGGGUGCUCCUCAAGAUUGGGAGACUGCUGCAGACUACUUGCAUCGAGCCUUCAAGAUCCCAGCUUCUGUCAUUGAUGGCGCCUUUGCAGAGGAGAUUGUGCCCACUGCAGAAGUGCCGGAUCCCCCUCGUGUCACUCUCAACGAUGCCGCAGAGAGCCUGAAGGGCCUGUUUGUACGCGAAUUCGAAAAGGCCGAAAGCGAUGGAGACGGAGCACGAAUCACCCGCUUCUUCAAACUAUUCCCUCUCAUUGGUCGUGGUGAUGUGGGCUUAGAAGCAUAUGGGCGUUAUGUCUGCGGCGGCAUUGCCGCGCGAGCGAGGAGUAACAUGAGCUCGACUCGUGCGCGAGAUGGCAUGUUCUACGCGCACGCCUUGACCAAGUUGUUCGAGCACAUUGCUCAGAUUGUGGAGGGCCAUCAGCCGCUGGUAGAACGCCACUACGGACCCGGCAGCAUGACCAAGGUUAUCCAACGCAUUCAAGUAGAAGCCGAUCGACAAGGGGGCUUGGUGCUAGAUAGCUGGUCGGAGGAUCGUCGAGUGCAUCGCAGACUUACUGAGAUCAAGAGCUACCCCUUCAACUUCUUCGUGCAGAGUUUCCUGCCCGCGCAAAAGUCCACGUUGCCCACGAGGACUGCAUCUCCUGCACCCGGUUCUGGUCGCAAUAGUGAGGAUGAUAGUGUCGACAUGAAGGAGAUCGACGCACUGCUCAACGAAAGUGCCAUUAUGCUCAGUCGCUGGUCGUUGUACACUCGCUUCCUGGCCGGCAAAACGAGUGCAGAGGAUCACAAUCUCGACGACGACCUGCAUCUGCCAUCCUUCCUAACGCACAGUACAUUGCAGAAGAAGGUGUCAGAACUGCUCAUCGAACCAUUCAAUGCGAUGGCGACCUUCUUCUUUCGGAGGUCCGUGGAGAAGUCUUUCCGGAUUGAUGAGCCUCCGUCGGACUUGACUCUCAACCCCAACAAGCCGCUUGGGUCCAGCCCGCCUUUCAUCACUUCCGCUGUGGAUGAUAUCAUGUACAUUGUCAACCAGGUGCUGCAACGUACACUUUCGACUUCACAGCUCCACAUUGUACGGAACGUCGUUCCAUCGGUGGGUCGCGUGUUGGCUACAGAUUUCUUUGGCAUGGAACAGCGAAAGAUGCGGGACGAGAGCUAUCCGAAAGCAGCCAUACAAGGCGCACUCCCUCCUGAGAAUCUCAUCGUGUCCUUUCUCGUUCUGAUCAACAACCUGGACGUCGCCACCGAUUACGUCCGCAGGAUCAUCCGGACAUGUCUCGGCGAAGCCUCUGCCGCUGCACGAGACAACAGCAACAACGAAUCAGUCCUCAUCGACACAUUCCCCUUUGGCAACGAACAUCAAGUAGCUGAGGCAACCCUACGAGCCAUGGAGAAGAAUUUCGCCGAAAAGACCGCAGUCCUCGUCAACGAAGCCAUCGAAGUCAUGCUCAAACAAGUAAUGCGACCUCGCCUGCGCCCCGUAUUCACCGAAACCUUCAAAAACAUCGAAUACGACGAAGAAACAUCCUCCACCACCUCCACGACAACAACAACAACAGCAGCCACAGCCGCCGAAGACCCUUCUACAUCCUCCGAAGACAUCGUCGCCCAACGCUUCGAACGCGGCUGGCAAGCCUUCACUUUACCCAUCAAACGCAUCGCAACGCCCCAAAUCUACGACAAACUCAUCACAGCCACCAUCGCCCAUCUCGCUCGGACAUUGGAAAAACGAAUCUGGUCCUACUACGGCCGCGUCAAUGAGCUAGGCGCUAUUCGAUUAGAGAGAGAUAUUGCCGCGAUUGUCGCCAUUGCCGUGCAAGGAGCCAAAUAUGAAUUGCGAGAUGCUUUUGCGCGAUGUACGCAGAUGACGUUGGUGAUGAAUAUGGAAGAUGAUGAGUGGGAGGAGAUUUCUCAGUUGGAUGGGCCGCUGUUGGAUCGGGAGACGGGCAUGGAGUGGAAAUUGGAUGCGGAUGAGAGGAAGAGGGUGAGGGCCAUUGUGAAGGAUCAUCAUGCUGCUUAGGUACCUACCUUGGGUAGGAUAAGGUGC